AUGAACUCAUUUCAGUCAUUCUGUUGGAACACCUCUUUGGAAGUUUUAAAUAAAUCCUGGAAUGAAAAGUUCGCUUAUCAGACCCCCAGCAUUAUUGAUGUCUUCAUUCUCCCUUCCGUGAUUGGGAUUAUCUGUUUAACAGGAUUGGUUGGGAACAUCCUUAUUGUACUCACUAUCAUAAGAUCUAGGAAAAAAACAAUCCCUGACAUUUAUAUCUGCAACCUGGCUGUGGCUGAUUUGGUCCACAUCAUUGGAAUGCCUUUUCUUAUCCAUCAGUGGGCCCAGGGAGGAGAGUGGGUUUUUGGAGGCCUUCUCUGCACUGUUAUCACAUCCCUUGAUACCUGCAACCAAUUUGCCUGUAGUGCCAUCAUGACUGUAAUGAGCAUAGAUAGGUACUUGGCCCUCGUCCAACCAUUUCGACUGAUGAGUUGGAGAACAAGGUGCAAGACCAUUCGCAUCAAUUUGGGCCUUUGGGCAGCUUCCUUUAUUCUGGCAUUGCCUGUCUGGGUCUACUCGAAAGUCAUCAAAUUUAAAGACGGCGUUGAGAGUUGUGCUUUUGAUUUAACAUCCCCUGACGAUGUACUCUGGUAUACACUUUAUUUAACAAUAACAACAUUUUUCUUCCCUUUACCAUUGAUUUUGGUGUGCUAUAUUUUAAUUUUACGCUAUACUUGGGAGAUGUAUCAACAGAAUAAGGAUGCCAAAUGCUAUAAUUCCAGUGUGCCAAAGCAGAGAGUGAUGAAACUGACAAAGAUGGUCCUAGUGCUGGUGGCAGUCUUCAUCCUCAGUGCUGCCCCGUAUCACGUGAUACAGUUGGUAAACUUGCAGAUGGAGCAGCCCACACUGGCCUUCUAUGUGGGCUAUUACCUCUCCAUCUGUCUCAGCUAUGCCAGCAGCAGCAUUAAUCCUUUCCUCUACAUUUUGUUGAGUGGAAAUUUCCGAAAACGUUUGCCUCAACUACAAAGGAAGUUAAAUGAUAAGGAAAUCAACAAUUUGGAUGACACCCUGAAAUCAAGCUUUUAG